AUUUCCUUUUCUUAUAAGACCGCAAAUUUGUCUUAAACAUGUGAAAAUCUCAACGGCUUGUCUUUCAAUUUAAUGAUCCAUGUCUGUUUUUGUGUUGAAUCUUUUGUUUUCACUUGGUUUUUUUUUUUUGGGUUUUGGACGUAAUUGAGAAGUUUUUUUUUGCUUGCUUGGUGAUCGUUUAUGGGGGAUGUUUGCGGAGGCAGAAAAGUAUUUAGCCCCACGAGUUGUUCAACAAAAGGAAAAAAAGAGGAGGCAAUUGGCAUUUGGUAACUAAGACAAUGAGGAUACUGGUUCGUGGAGGCUAUUGAACUCCUACGAGCUUAGAGUCCGCUUUCAUUCUCUAUAUAAUGUGCAAGAGAAUACUUCUUGAUGCUUAAGGCCAGCGGCAUUAAUUUUUGUUGGUGAUAUUGGAGAAUUGCUGUAGCGAGUGAGAUUGGAACUGACACAAUGGGUUCUGUUUGUUGCUGUUUGCAUGUUGAUGAUUUUGAGGAUUAUAUGAAUCCUGAGAAUUCUGUAUAUAGAAACUGCUUGUGCCUCAGUUGCUUUGUCCAGAAAUUCCUACAUGUGUAUACCUCAAUAUUUCAUAGAGGGCAAGUGCAUUCUGUCCCUUCAUCCAUUCAAGGGGCAGCAUCUCUGACUUCUUCAUCUCUUGACAACUCUCUUGCUGAAAUGUACCGAUCUCCUCCGCGGCCCUUGCCCUAUGAUGCUGACCCCAGAUGUUCACGCUUGCAGCGUGAUGGUCUGGUUUCAAGACGAGAGAAGGGUUCCAGUCAUUCACAUGAGGAAUCAGAACCCUUGAGAAGUGAUAAUGAUGCUGAUUCUGAAUCCUUCAGCACAGGAGACAAAUGGAAUGCAUCUGCUUGUGAAGGAGGCAAGGAACAGCGUUCUAGAUCCUCAUUAAAGAUCUCAUCAGCAAAAGCAACAGUUGGAAUUGGAUAUGUUUAUUCUUCCUCAGAAGAAGAGGAUGUCUGUCCUACAUGUCUUGAUGGUAUAAUUCUUGAUUUAGCUUUAAUAGGUGUUGCAUCCAUUAUUACAUUCUAUGAUAACUAUGUUUCUGUUGAUAUUGUUAGUCUAGCAUUUCUUGAACAAUUUUUUUUCUCCUUCCUUGCUAGCUUGAUGAAUAAGUAUUUCAUACAUCUCCUAGCACAAGGCAACCCACCUUGUAUUCUUUUUACUUGUUUGUCUUUUGAUAUCUCUGUCUCAGGUGGGAAUAACAUCCAUCAUUUAAAUAGUGAUAUUAUUACCCCAUAGGCAUAUUGAGAACCCCACCUUCCCAACACCCUAUACCAAAGCUGCUUUUAGUGAUAAAAGACAUUGGCUAGUCUUUCUAGUUUAAAAGCUAAGCUAGCUAUCUGCAUUUUUAGCUGAUUUUAUCAAAACUAUAGUGAGAGAUGGUACAAGUCUGAACCAAAAAAGAUGGAAGCUUUGAGCAUGUCAGAAUUUUGUUCCACCAUUUUGUAGCUGUUCUUCCAUUCCAUGUUUAACUUCCACAUCAAUUGGUUCCAACCUUAGAAGCAAACUCUUGUAACUUGGAAGUUUGAAAUUCUGUUAAAACCAUGUUGGAAGAUGCUAUGAACUUCAGAAAAAAUGGGGAGCUAUGAGCAUGUCACAAUUUUUUUUUAUCAGACUGUAGAUUUCCAACCAGUCCUACUCUCAGAAAAAAAUUGGAUCCAACCUUAGAAGCAAAAGUCUGUUAGUUAAGAAGCUGUUUCUACAAACAUGCAACCUUGGCCAUCAGUGGCAAAAAAGUGAAAUCAUGGAUCAAAGCCCGCGUGCUGAUGGGGAGUGACUCCUUUUUGUUAAUGUUUUAAAGAU